CGUUUGGAUCUUGGUCUAUGAUGGCCUUUUUAUUGAUUUUGACGAUUGGAUCUCUCUAUGAAUGGAAAAGGGGUGCUUCGGAUCGGGAGUAAUCACUAGUGAUAGGGCAAAAAUAGGGAGGAAGGACAAAGGAAAGAGCGAUGCCUACAUUAAAUCAAUUGAUUCGUCAUGGUAGAGAAGAAAAACGGCGCACGGACCGUACUAGAGCUUCGGAUCAAUGUCCCCAGAAGCAAGGAGUACGCCCGCGUGUUUCAACGAGAACACCGAAAAAACCUAAUUCAGCUCCACGUAAGAUAGCCAAAGUACGAUUGAGCAAUCGACAUGAUAUAUUUGCUCACAUUCCGGGCGAAGGUCAUAAUUCGCAGGAACAUUCUAUGGUCUUAAUAAGAGGAGGUAGAGUGAAAGAUUUGCCAGGUGUGAAAUCCCAUUGUAUUCGAGGAGUAAAGGAUUUGUUGGGAAUUCCGGAUCGAAGAAGAGGCAGAUCCAAAUAUGGUGCAGAAAAACCCAAAUCGAUAUGAAUGGAGGAUGCCUCUGGAACUUCUUUUUCUCAGUCAGGAGAGGUACGAAGUCACUCGCCCCUAUUCGAUAAGUAAAGGAGAGGGAACAACCACAACGUUAUGCCCUAAAAUUGAAACGGAGCCCUUCCGAAUGACCUAUAAUGGAGUCUAAUACACUAGACAAGAAAGGGAGAAACCGGGCCGACGAAAGAAUACCGCCCGUCCGAUUUCUUCGUCCGGUUUUAUUUUACUUUUUACAGAUAUUUUGUUUCUAAGUUUCCGGACUUGCCCUUCGCACGAUUCUCUCAAAAAAUGCUUGUUCCAAUCGGAACUGCAUGAAAAGUAAAAAAAAAGGUUCUCUUAUUUCUAGAGAAUUCCUGUUGUAUGGAUGAAGGAGUUCAAUUGGAAAUUCUUAAGCCCGGAGAUGGGAAGGUGGUUUCUUGUUUGGGAAUCUUAUCGUUAAUAUGGAUUCCCCAUAGUCUCGGUGUCUGAGGAUUUAGAGGAUCCUAUAUAUAAGCACGAUAUGAUUUCUUCAUUAUAGAUUUCGAUAUUUUUCGAUAAAAAGAUGGAUAGGAUUUCUUACUUCCACUUCCUAUAGGACAUGAGGGCUUCAAGCCUAUGCUAAGAGAGUAAGGUUCCUGUCUCGAUCCUCUUUCUUCUUUUGCUUUCCCUGCAAAACUCUUCUCGGAAAUUGAUUGCUUUAAACUAAACAAUAAAGAAAUUCUCUUCCCUUAACUUAAUAGGGGCAACUCCUACUUAAAAAAAGAUCUAUUACUUGAAACUUGUUUUACUAUUUUUUUGUGGUAGUUGUCUGGACGUGGCCUUUCUUUCAUUCCUUAGGUUAGGGAGUGAGAAGGAGGGCUAAGGGGAAAAGGGUGGCCCCCCCUACUUCCCCGAUUGGAGAAAAGCAGUGCGGUUGUGUUUGCCUUUAUACUUUACUUGGCAAGCGAAGGAAAUGGCUGAUUAACCCCCUCCUCACUAGGCUUCUUGAGUUAAGUUCUUUAGUGGACUUCUCCCGUUAGCUCAAAGUCAAUCGAAGAUAAAAUGGAAAGGUUUCAUCUCGUUCCCCCUAAUGGGUCUACUUGGACUACUUGUUCGUCCUGUAUUCAGAAAAGAAAGCGGAGAAUAGGAUUCCACUGAUGCGAUAUGACGAACUGGACGACCCACGUCAUUUGAAUCAAGGCAAGGCAGGCCUAACAGAAAAGGGAAUAAGGGGCGUAUUAGACUUGAGAGAGCAGAUAGGCGCGUAGCCCUGAACCAAUCAACCUGCUUCGACCUAUAGAGCUGAACCCAACUAAGCGCUUUGAAUUAAAAGUUUCUUUUAAACAAAGCAAUCCUCGGAUCCCGAUGGCAUGGUGAGCAAGCUGUAACGAAUCGGAAACCGCCAAUAUUUAUUCCGCAUUCAUUGAUCUGGAACCAAGGUACAUGAGAGAUAUCGGGCUAAACAUGCUGUCUUUUUUCCCUUGGAACUGGCUAGCUUGUUGAAGACAUUAUAGAUAGAAUAGAUAGAAGCUCGGGGUAGAAAGAAAACCUGAGAUCAUGUUCUCCCUUGAUCAAUUCCCUUUAGCUUAGGGCGGGAAUCUGAAGAUGACCUGACUUUCCCCCUCCCCCCAUUCCUUGUCACCUGCCAGUCAUGUAGAUUAAGUUCUUUGUUCUACUGUCUUUAAAAAGAGGAAUCAAUUCUUUUCUUGAUUCCCAUUUAUAUGUAGUAAGAAAAAUGGAGACUGGGGCAAAUCCAUAUCGCCGAAUCACGUAAAAAGAAGAUGUUAUCAAGCUCCUAACUCCUAAACUUUAUGUGAAGUGGAAGUGGCUAUCGAACCUGAAUCUCUUGAGAAAGCAGCUGAACUCGGAUCCUCAGUCUUGCUUGGGUUGCUGGUUGAUGUAAUAGAAUAGAGGUUAAGGGUUCAUACUUGUCUCCCGAUUCCAUGGGGCUGGGUCAAGACCAUUAGUACAAUACCCGUCUUUCUCUCUCGCAUCCAGACUCUUCCAUGAACCCGAGGAGAUACGGUGCGAAAGAAUGAAGGAUCCCCUUUUCUGGCUAAGAAAGGAUUGGAUCCCUUUUGUUUGAUUAGAUCUCAAUCACUUAGAUAAUAGAGUAGAGUGUCUCACGCCUCUCUUCCAAUGCCAAUCCUCCGCCGAUAGGAUGGUUUUGAUUGGCUUGAGGCUAAUCUAUCGCCAAAUUAAGCCGACCGGCUAAUUCUGGGCUAGCCAUUUCCGCUGAUCUUCCUUAUUCCUAUGGGCUGGUUGCUUCUUAGUGAAGGUGGGCUGGAAGUCAAAGCAAAGAAAGAAGCCACUACUCGGGUUACGUGUUCAGAGACGAGGUAAAAGGAACUUGUAACAUGAACAUCCAGCUCUGUCUACUAAAUAAGACUAUUCCAAUCCAAAGAGAGGAGGCAAAGUCGCCAAUUCCGGUUCUUCAAGCCGAGCGCCGACACCAAGCCAGUUGAUGAAUUGACUUCUCUAUGCGGGACAUGGAGUGUGGAGUAAAGCCCCCCUUUUCCUUUCUGGAAAUACAUAAUUAUCUCCUCGCUGGUUUAUGCCCCGAGAUGUGCCAUACCUUUUCCGAUCACAGGUAUUGUCGAACCGUGUCUUUCAAAACCACCGCGUUGCUGGAUUUCAUAAACCUCUUCUUUUUUUAUGCCUACGUUAUAGUGGGAUUUGCCCCAUCCAAAUAAAUAAGUGGAAGCGGUUAUGAAAAUGUAACGAGGAAGGCCGCCUUGCAGUUGGUUCGUUCCAACCAAGUCUGAUCCGCUUGCUAGUUUCCUGAUCCCGGGAGAGGCAGGGGGAGGUCUUUGUCAUGAUCCCAUAAAUGUACUACAGGCUCCCCGCUAUGGUAUGGUUCCAUCGAAUAUCGAAUAAGGUAACUUAAAAUCCUCUGCGGUCUAUGGUCUUUCCGUUUAUGUCCAGUUGCUGACAUCAUGAACGAAGUUGGGCAUCAUCGCUGCUCCCACACGAAGAAGGAAGCCAGAGGAUAGAGGCGUUUCAAUCUCAAUGGUAUGUGAGGCCGGGUUUGCUGUUUCUGUUAUGGGCUUUAUUUUCAGUUUGGCCUAACGAAUAACGCUUAUUGGUAAAGGUUCCCAUUUUUAGUUAUUUAGGUGUUAAUUCAAUAACGAAUAUCAUAAGAGAGGAGGUCUAAUCAGUUAUUCAUUGAGUCGACAUAGUUAGCUUAUUAUGAUUAAGAUUCUGCUUUUCACUUUGUGAAGAUUCUGUUGGUGUUCAGUCUACCGCCCCCUCUUAAGGGGCUUAGUACAAGAUCUCAAAUCAGGUUCCCCCUCUUUCGUCAAUUAGUUGAUCGAGAAACCUCUGCCCAAUAGAGCAACGCCAAGAGUGGAUCAGGCCAUAUGCUUGAGUGGUUUAGCCCGCGAAGCCGGUCACCGGUAGGCCUAAGAUCCUCUUUUUGACAGAAGAGCCGAAAACCUGAUUAAGCUGUGCCGAAAUGAUCUUGCCGUGCUGCUAUUACCCUAAACAAAGUAGAGUCAAUGUGAAAGAAAGGUACCUAUCGAGCUCUAAGAUAAAGUUAGUAGAGUGGUCUGCUCCUCUAACUCGAAAUGAAAAUAUCGUAGGAGAAGAAAAGAAAGUGGAUCUAGUGCAGAACCUCAACCAACCGGUGGAUCCGCCUUUCUUCGCGCUGACUCUGCGUCAAGUGAGAUGUGUGAUAGCUGGCAUGUUUACCAGCAGCUAAUUGUGCUAUGAAAGGAUUUGGGUCUCUAACGUAGAAAACGAUCGAUCAAGUCAAUGCUUCGGUUUCGGUAGGACUAGCAUACCCCAGUCGCUAGCUUUAGUAAACUAUUUAACCUCCCGAUCUGGUUAGCAGAGCGCACCAGAAGUCAAUAAAGAAGGACUCGAGAUCCCGAAAGAAGAGCGGCAUGCUCGCAUAAAUGCUAUUAUGUAGUCAGUCUCGAAUCUCUCCCUUAUGUGAUUACUUCGUCGAUCAAUCUCAAACUGGUGGAAUUAUUAUAGUCAAAGGAAAAGAGGGAAAUUCUCCAGUUUCUACUACUGUAGGGCCGACAUCCUACUUCCUGGUCUACUGGCCACAUUAGAUACAUCAUUAUCCCGCUGCAUGAACCAACGUCUACCAAUGGAAAGGCCAAGAAGAAGGGCCCAUUAUGGCAGAUCCUGAGCGAAGGCUUUGA